AUUUUAUUAGUUUGAUCAACGCAACCCACAACAGAUGUUGUGUCCGGAAAUUCAGAUACGAUUUCGUUGUCACUAUUGUUUUAUUGAAAUUCUGUAUUUAUGACUGGAAAUUCAAUUUAGAAGUGCACUGAAGUCUUGUAGCUCGUGUCGGAAUAAAGCGAAUGUUUAUAGUGGUACAUAUUGCAUAGUGAGGUACCAAUAGGUGCUGGAUAUCAAAAUGAAAGGAGAACUCCCAGUGUGUACAAGAUGUUGCUUCUGUUUUCCACUGCGAAGGGGUCUGCUCGCGUGGGGAUACAUAAAAUUAAUAGCUGACUUCAUAUUCAUACUGAUGAUGCUGUAUAUAGUCCUCAUUAUGAUUUUGUUUAUCAGAGCUUUUACCGAUGGAAGCUUUUGGGCGAUGAUGUAUUCAGAAGUUAUUAUGGGAUCAAUUGGAAUUCUUAUAUGUUUAGUAGAUAUUGCUAUCACCAUCGUGUUCAUCGUCGGCGGACAUACGAAAAACGUGAAGCUGAUACGAGUAUUCUACAUCCACAGCUUGGUGGUAUGCGUGGUGUCAGCCAUCUUGUGUCUGUUCACCAUCCUUGCGCCGAUAUUAGCUUUCUUCUAUACCAUAGAUGUACGACACGUCGAAACUCUGGUGAUGAGUGUCGUAACUUCCUUGGGUAUUUUGGCGAUACAAUGCUACUUCGUACUUCUUCUAAGAAGUGAGAUCAUAAAACUGAAUAGCAACUGCGAGUUCAGGUUUGUGAACAACGCGGCUGAAGCUGAAUGUACCAUGAAAAUCAGAGGUGACGUACCGGAAGAACCCAUGGCAGAACCUAUUUUGGAAAAGGCUAACGAAUCUGAUGAUGAAACUGUAAGCACUAAACAGUUGGUUGAAUCGGUCUAAAAGGAUACCUACCAACUGUGAUCUGUUCAUACAUACUUAGAAUCGUGUACGUACCUAUUGUAAGACAUUAUAAUUUAUUAAGUUAUUAUAUGUACCUAUUCCUAAUAA